GUAAAUCAAGAUAUAUGAUGAUAGCUUCUACAAAAUUCUCCAAGCAUACUUUACUAACCUUAUUAAAAUUCUCCAAACCUAUGUGGAAGCCACCCAUUAUGUCCAUAAGUGUCUAAAUUCUAGAACAUCUCAAUUCUCAGCAGCCAGUCUUUUUCUUCACCUAUAGUUUAAUUUAUUACUAAUUAAGAUCAACCCAAUAGAAGCUGCCUUGUAAUCCCCUCCCUAAAGUCAAACUUUUUUUUUCCUAAUAUUCAAAUAAUACAACUGACUUUUCCACCCUCAAGUAAAAGUCUUUUUUCCAUCUCUUUGUUUCGAUUUAUAUAUAAACCCAAAAUAUUGAACUCCCUUAGUUUCAUUACAUCGUCUUCUCCACCCGACUAAAAAACAGAAGGAACGAAAUUUUGCAUUAUAUGAGCCAUGUUUACCUUUAAAAUUCAAGAUGGGCUCGUCUAUAUUCAUCUCCUCAUCCUCCUGUUUGUAUUAUCAUGUCCGAUGAUUCCAAAUGCGGCGGCGCAGCCAUCAGAUUCUUCUUCUGGACCCGACAAUCAGUUCCGGUACCCAACUGUCAGCCCAGCAAUGGCCAUUAUUAUAGUGGUUCUCAUAGCUGCCUUGUUUUUUAUUGCUUUUUUCUCAAUUUACAUCCGUAAUCGCAGCGCCGCUAACGGUAACAGUAUCCGUCAAACACUUUCCAUGCGCCGCCGUAGUGCUGCUGCUGCUACACGUGGACUUGAUGAUUUGGUCAUAGGGACUUUCCCCACUUUUACCUACGCGGAAGUAAAGGAUCAUCAUAUCGGUAAAGGAGCUUUGGAAUGUGCUGUAUGUUUGAACGAGUUUGAAGAGGACGAAACGCUGCGUUUGAUCCCAAAAUGUGAUCACGUUUUUCACCCUGAAUGUAUUGAUGCUUGGCUUAAGUCUCAUGUCACUUGCCCGGUUUGCCGAGCUGACCUUAGUACUCCUCAACCUGAUGAACCGCCGGUUCAAGCCGCUGAGGUACCAAACCCUGAUCAAGUAGGGACAGAGAAUUUGCAGCAAAAUAACGAGGUUUCAAUACAAAUAGAGAGUGAUGAAAAUCGUAUGCUACAGCAAGAGGAGACCUCUACUGUUAGACCGAAAGUUAAUCGAACUAUAAGUUUCAACGUGCCGAACCGGCCGAUGAGGUCUUUUUCUAUAAAGAGGCCAAAGAUGUUUAACAAGUUCAGGUCACAUUCGACCGGCCACUCUUUAGUGGUACCGGGGGAGAAUUUGGACCGGUACACUCUCAGAUUACCGGAGAAUGUUAGAAAAGAGGUAAUGAACCGGGCACUACUGAACCGGACAAACAGUUGUGCAGUCACUGUACCAACCGGAGAGGGAAGCAAUAUUGGUGCGAGGUCAUUCAGGAGAAUUGACCGGUUCGACCAGGAAGCAAAGUCGGACCAGUGGGUUUUCAAAAUUGCACCACCGUUCUUUACUAGAGGUCCAUCAAUGAAGUCGCCGAAGGUAAAGCUUGAUAUUGAAGAGGGAUCCACAUCACGCAGUGUGAAAAUGGCAGUCAAAAUGCCGUCGUUCAAAUGCUUAGAGCCAAAAGGUGAUGAAUCCGGUUUGCUGACAGAUGACUCGGCUCGGCCUUCGGCCCGGUGAUGAACCCGGUUUAAAUUAGAUCCUAAAAUCGGCACCUGUUUUAUGCUUGACUUCAAUAGCGUGGCGGAAAAGGCAAUCUUUUUGUGCGCUGUGUAAAUGAGGAGAAAAAGUGGUCAAUGCUAGUUUGGCACCCCAACUUGGAAACUUCUGGCAUAGACUUUAUUGCAAAGUAUAAUGCCAAAAGUUGAAAUUCAAGAAUAUUGCUUUCUAGAAAUUCAUUGAAAUGUUGAUUAAAUUAUUAUUUUAUAAGCAAAUAAUGUUCAACUUAAGGGUUUUUUCAGGGUUAGAUGGGGCCAAGUGUGUUUAUCUAGCAGGUGGUUUUAGUAAUUAAGACACCUUCAUGAUGUAAAUAUGUUUUGAUUUCAUUCUUCGAUGCAUUUUUGAGAAUAGAAAAUCUGAAAGGAAAUAGACUUGUUGAUA